AUGACAAUAAUAACAACAACAACAACAAGAAUGCUAGAGAGAUACCGCUGGUUGCAUUGGUUACAGGUCACGGUGCUCAAGACUGAUGAAGGCGACUCUGCUGCAGUUCAUCCAGAUAUCGCUUCAGCUGAUGAUGGUAGCAGUAGGCGAUGUAGUGGUUGUAGUGGUAGUGAUGGUAGCAGUGGUAGCAACGGUCCUGUUAGAUGUGCACCUAACAAGUUAUCCUAG